UCGAUUUCAUCUCCAUUCGUUCUUCCUAACCCUCUCUUCAAACAAACCACAGGGAAAGUCAAGGUGGAAGUAAAGGAAUGUUCUAAACCAGAAUCCAAAAAGAAAGCACCUGAACAUGCACAAGAAACUCAAAAGGAGCCAGGGCCAACUUCUGUUUUAUUUCAACCACCGGAAAUGGCAGUUUUCAAAAAUUCUGGUCCCCAUAAUAUCAAGCGAACAACACUUCCCGAUUGGUCGAUUAAGAAUGUUCAAAUUAAUAUUCACGACCAGGAUGAAGCAUUUUCAAAAAUUCGGGACUAUUUUGCAGCCGUGCUGGAUUUUGAUAAGUUUCUUGAACUGACGUUUGCUUACGUCCAUUUUAAAAACUAUUGUCCUGCACCAGGACAGAUUACUGCUCCUGCAGAGUUUUGCUGCCUCACCUGGAACCUUAAGGAUGGGAUGGUGUGGUAUGGGGGGUCACCAAUUGAUCCUGGUUCUGACAAGCUUGGAGACUGGAAGAUGGUGCAAGAACAGAGCAGGAAACUUUCGCUUCCAAUUCCUCCCUACACCUACAGUCGAGGGCUUGCCUAUUCUGUGGGGGAAGACCGAUACGACGAGGUCGUCAAGUCAAUCUUGGAGCAAUCACGAACGUUCGAGCUGUCGGACGAGACCCCACGGCGUCCCUACCACUAUGUAUUCGCUGCUGAAGAUAAUAUCCCGAUAGCUGUUGGAUGCUUGGCCUGGCUGAUGGCACAGCAUGGAAGCAACCCUCGGAUGCGCGUUCUCUCAAUGGAACGUUUCGUCUCAGAGUUAUUUCGAACCUGUCAUAUUAGGCAGUGCGCCAUAGACCUACAAGCAAAAGUGGUUCAGGAAGUGCAGGGACCUAGCAAGAAGUCAACCGGGUCCGUGGUGAAGGCGAGUGAUCCUGUAGGUACCGGAGUGGGUGGUGGUAAAGCGAAAAGUACCACUACCAAAGAUGGUCCUCUUCCAGCAGAAAUUUCAAACUUGGCGUACGUCGCGUCCAUCAAGUACGCAACCGCUACCCUUCACAGUUUUGAUAUCAGCUCAUCACUGGACAGACGCUUCCGGCUCGGAUGUCUCUGGCACCAGCGCGAAAAUACAUCGGAUAGUAUCGUGCACUGCUCUAUGAAACAAUGCAAAAAAUGGAUGUACAAAACACUAGAGAAAGCAUUAGAAAUUCUUAAACGGAAUUACUCGGCUCAUUCCAAAGAACUUGCCAAGCACGACAUUGAACCAGUCUUGUGGGAGGAAAGUGAUGCGAUGGGAGUGGAGGCUCGACAGCGUUUGGGAUUCUUUACACAUAUUUCUCAGAAGCGGACCGAGGUGCUGGAACGGGGAUUUAUAUUUCCGGAUCUGCUCAAAGAAAUGCAACUCCGAAUGCCCAAUGGGUUGGAAACACCACCAACACAACUCAUUUGGCCUCUGGAACGGUGUGUUGAGCUGGAUCUCAACUGGAGUCGGUCCCAGCGUUUCAAAAUCGUGGACCUGGAGCCAGAAGCUAGGGGUGAGCGACUUGCAGAGCUCAAACGACAGAUUCACCCAGUGUUUCCAAACGGCGCCGUCGAUUUGAUGGAAACGAAUCGAGGUCUUGAAGAACAAAUUAAAGAACUGAAUAAAAAAUUGGACGCCCUGGAAGUUGGCGGAGGUGGCAGUAGAAUUUCCAGAAACAAGAAGUUUGACGACUCCACCUGCUUUAAUUGCGAAAGUGCUUCACAUUUUACAAAUGAAUGCAAACUUCAAUGUUUUAUUAGAAAUCAAGACAAAACAACCCACGGGAAAUAUGAACCUGUAGGAAGAUAUUCCUUUCAAAUGCGACUACCUGGGCGCCCGGCAGGAGAGGUGGUUUCUUUUUAUGAAGAAUUGUUGAAGGUCAAGCUGAGUCGAGAAGAAGUCCAACUUGCCUUUGCUUUCUACUUCUUUGAUGAAGGUUGCUGGAAUUGUGCACAUCCCUUUCAUCACCGCCCAGAUUGUGAUAAAAAUUUGAACAAGGCCCUUCAUGAUAUAGCUAAACGGAUGCACGAAAUAAAUCAUCCCCUGACGGACGAAGCUCGAAAGAAAAAGCUUGAAAGGAAAUUGCUGUACCAGAAACCGGGGCGCCCCAACUAAAAUAAUAAAAUUUAAUACAAAUUCUCUAAUUAUUUAUUGAAUCACCUUGAAUUGAUUUUUAUAUUUACAAGUAUUAUAAAUAUAUUAAAAUUUGAUCAUACAUAGUAAAUAUUUGAUUACGUGCUCGAAUUAAAUUAUUUCAUUCAUCACACAGUUGAAUUCACUUAUUUGGUUAAGUUUUUAAAUAUGUGUCUGCAUUUUCCCCUAAAAUCUAUGUUUUGGUUAGUGAUUAAUUUUAUAAAAGAACGAGCAUUUCCACCCGUCCGCUCUACGCUGCGGAUUGUUUGACAGCAAAUCGUCCGCUUCCGUUAGCGGAUGAUCUGCCCAAGGUAGCGCAUUGGUGGAAAUGGACUUGGAGCGGAAAAUGUAGGUGGACGCUGUCGGACGCUUUCCGUCGUAGGUCGCUCACGACUCACGGCAGU